AUGUCUUAUGUUCUCAUAACGUUUACAGAUAGUCCAGGAGGUUUUCCGUUAGCCGACACGGGUUCAUUGUCUCCAAUCAAAAAUGAUAUUUUAUCCGGGGGUAGAAGAAGAGAAAGUAGUUCCUCAUUAACGGAUGGUAAAGUUUCCCCCCCCCUUCCCCCCUCAUACCUCCUAACUAAACCUUCCCGUAGUGAGUUUUGUUUUUUUUGUAUCGAACGAACGUUUUGUCUUCUUUUUUUUUCAGGUUUAAGCAGGUGUAGUAGCAGAGGUAGGGGAAGACGACAAAACAAUCCCUCGCCUACGAAUCCCGAUUCGAAUCUCGAACGUGUUUUCAUAUGGGAUUUAGAUGAAACGAUAAUUAUUUUCCUAUCGAUAAUAGCGGAUACUUUUGCACAGUGUUACGGAAAGGAUCCCCAAAUAUUGAAAGGCGUCGCACUCAAAAUGGAGAAAAUAAUGUUUACACUAGCGGAUUCUCAUUUUUUUUACAGUGACGUCGAGAAAUGCGAUCAGGUACACAUAGACGACGUGGCAUCAGACGACAACGGUCAAGAUUUAUCAACGUAUAAUUUCUCAUCGGACGGAUUUCAAUUCGUUCCCGGAAGUGGAAAUAACGGAAACGUGUGCCUCGCGACCGGAGUCAGAGGCGGCGUGGAUUGGAUGAGAAAAUUAGCUUUUAGAUAUAGGAAAAUUAAAGAUAUGUACAAUAACUACAGGAAUAACGUCGGAGGUUUGCUGGGCCCUGCAAAACGUGAGGAUUGGCUUCAGGUACGAAGCGAAAUAGAAGUUGUCACCGAUAAUUGGUUGACACUCGCCAUGAAAUGUCUCACGUUGAUCAAUUCGAGGUCGAACUGCGUCAACAUAUUGGUGACGGAUACGAAACUCGUGCUCGCCGUCGUCAAAGUUUUACUAUUCGGACUCGGGGGUAUAUUCCCAAUAGAAAACAUAUACUCAUCUUCGAAAACAGGCGAUUGCUUUAAUAGAAUCGUCACGAGGUUUGGAAACAAAUGCACUUACGUCGUUAUCGGAGAUGGUAACAAAGAAGAGAAAGCAGCCAAAGAGCUAAAUUUUCCAUUUUGGAGAAUAAGAACUCAUCACGAUCUUGUAUCACUUUACAAUGCACUCGACAUGGAUUUCCUAUAA